GACGUGGAUGCGGCCACGCUGGCACGCAUUGACCUGGAAAGGCGCAUCGAAUCGCUGCAGGAGGAGAUCGCCUUCCUCAAGAAGGUGCACGAAGAGGAAAUCCGGGAGCUGCAGGCUCAGCUGCAGGAGCAGCACAUCCAGGUGGAGAUGGACGUCUCACAGCCUGACCUGACGGCUGCGCUGCGGGACAUCCGCGCCCAGUACGAGAGCAUCGCGGCCAAGAACAUUGCCGAGGCUGAGGAGUGGUACAAGUCCAAGGUGUCUGACCUGACACAGGCGGCCAACAAGAACAACGACGCGCUGCGGCAGGCGAAACAGGAGAUGUUGGAGUACCGGCACCAGAUCCAGUCCUACACCUGCGAGAUUGACGCCCUCAAGGGCACGAACGACUCGCUGAUGCGCCAGAUGCGGGAGAUGGAGGAGCGCUUCGCGGGGGAGGCCGGGGGGUACCAGGACACCAUCGCCCGGCUGGAGGAGGAGAUCCGGCACCUGAAGGACGAGAUGGCCCGGCACCUGCGCGAGUACCAGGACCUGCUCAAUGUCAAGAUGGCCCUGGACGUGGAGAUCGCCACGUACCGCAAGCUGCUGGAGGGCGAGGAGAACCGGAUCAGCAUCCCCAUGCACCAGACCUUCGCCUCUGCACUCAAUUUCCGAGGUGAGCAUCACCCUGCAAGGAGGGGGACCUGGGACGAGUCAGUGGGUGUCCCCAGCGUGGGGAAAAUCUCCCUCCUGGGGGGGCUGCAGCCGGGCUGGCAG